GCCAGAGACGAUAGCCACUCCUCUGACCACACAGUCAAACCACACUUGCACUGACACACAGAGAGCAAGGUGUGUGUGUGUGUGUGGCCGGCAGCGCACAUACUUCAGCAGCAGGUCGGACAAAUCCUGCAGCAUUUUGGAUUUAUUUUUUAAUACAUUUUUUUUAUAUUUAAAACACCGCCAUUAUGUUGUGGACAGCGAGUCAAGUCUUAAGGAGAUUCUCCACCUCGUCCAAUUACUACCAGAAUAAGCUUAAGCUAGCUAUAAUUGGCCAGAGCCUGUUCGGCCAAGAGGUGUACAGCAAUCUGAGGAAGCAAGGGCACAAGGUGGUGGGUGUGUUCACGGUCCCCGACAAGGAUGGCAAGGCCGACCCCCUGGCGGUGGCGGCGGAGAAGGACGGGACGCCGGUGUUCAAGUUCCCACGGUGGCGGAUCAAGGGGAAGCCAAUCCCGGAGGUGGUUGAUGCCUACAAGGCGGUGGGCGCCGAGCUCAACGUCAUGCCCUUCUGCUCCCAGUUCAUCCCCAUGAACAUCAUCGACAACCCCAAGCACGGCUCCAUCAUCUACCACCCCUCCAUCCUGCCCCUGCAUAGAGGAGCCUCGGCCAUCAACUGGACCCUGAUCCACGGGGAUAAGAAAGCUGGCUUCACAGUGUUCUGGGCUGAUGAUGGACUGGACACCGGACCAAUCCUGCUGCAGAGGGAGUGUGCUGUGGAGCCCAACGACACUGUGGACACGCUCUACAACCGCUUCCUCUUCCCAGAGGGCAUCAAGGCUAUGGUGGAGUCUGUGCAGCUCAUUGCUGAUGGAAAGGCCCCUCGUAUUCCCCAGACAGAGGAAGGAGCAAGCUAUGAAGGCAUUCAGAAGAAAUCCAACGCCAAGGUCAACUUGGUCCAGCCAGCUGAUUCCAUCCACAACUGGAUCCGCGGCCAUGACAAAGUCCCCGGUGCAUCGACUGUCAUCGAUGGUCAGUCUGUGACCCUGUAUGGUUCAUCCAUGUUGGGGGGGUCGGUACCAGCCGGCCAGCCCCUGGAGAUCGAGGGGGCGUCCCAGCCCGGCCUGAUCACCAAGAACGGGCUUGUGCUCUAUGGAACCGAUGGGAAAGCUCUCCUGGUGAAGAACCUGCAGUUUGAAGAUGGGAAGAUGAUCCCUGCUUCUAAAUACUUCUCCACUGGGGAAAGCUCCAGUGUGGAGCUGACUGAUGAUGAGAAGAAGAUAUCAGAGGAGAUCAGGACCAUCUGGAAGGGCAUCCUCAGCAAUGUCCAAGCCAUUGAGGACACCACGGACUUCUUCAAAUCCGGAGCCGCCUCCAUGGAUGUGGUCAGGCUGGUGGAGGAGGUGAAGCAGAGGUGUGCCGGCAUCCAGCUGCAGAGCGAAGACGUGUACAUGGCCACUACCUUCCAGGACUUCAUCCAAAUGUUUGUCCGCAAGCUGAGAGGAGAGGACCAGGAGGAAGAGCUGGUCAUUGACUAUGCAAUCAAAGACGUCAACAACAUGACAUUGAAGAUGCCAAACCAGUGUUUUCUCAACGGCAAGUUUGAGGAUGCAGAAAAUGGCAAGGUCUACGAUACCAUCAACCCUACGGAUGGAUCAGUGAUCUGUAAGGUGUCCUACGCCUCAGUGGGGGAUGUGGACCGGGCUGUGGCAGCUGCCAAAGAAGCUUUUUAUAACGGACCCUGGGGCAGGAUGAACCCUAGAGACAGAGGAAGCCUGCUUUUCAAGCUUGCAGACCUGAUGGAGGAACACCAGGAGGAGCUGGCCACCAUCGAGUCCAUCGACUCGGGAGCUGUGUACACGCUGGCCCUCAAGACACACGUAGGCAUGUCCAUCCAGACCUUCCGAUACUUUGCCGGCUGGUGUGACAAGAUCCACGGCAAGACGAUCCCCAUCAACCAGGCCAGGCCCAAUCGCAAUCUGACCUUUACUAAGAGAGAACCUCUGGGUGUGUGUGCCAUAAUCAUCCCAUGGAACUAUCCUCUCAUGAUGCUGGCGUGGAAGAGUGCCGCCUGCCUCGCAGCUGGGAACACGCUUGUUCUUAAACCCGCGCAGGUCACUCCAUUGACGGCACUAAAGUUCGCUGAGCUGUCAGUGAAAGCUGGCAUUCCAAAAGGAGUCAUUAACAUUUUGCCUGGCUCAGGUGGUAUGGUGGGACAGCGUUUGUCCGACCACCCAGACGUCCGCAAGCUGGGCUUCACUGGCUCCACGCCUAUCGGCAAACAGAUCAUGAAGAGCUGUGCGCUCAGUAACCUGAAGAAGGUUUCUCUGGAGCUGGGAGGGAAGUCGCCUCUCAUCAUCUUCAGUGACUGUGACAUGGACAAGGCUGUUCGCAUGGGCAUGAGCUCUGUGUAUUUCAACAAGGGGGAGAACUGCAUUGCUGCUGGACGUCUGUUUGUGGAGGAGUCCAUUCAUGAUGAGUUCAUCACCCGAGUGGUGGAAGAGCUCAAGAAGAUGAAGAUCGGAGACCCACUGGAUCGCUCGACGGACCACGGCCCACAGAAUCACAAGGCCCACAUGGACAAGCUGCUGGAGUACUGUGAGGUCGGCUUGAAGGAGGGAGCUACGCUGGUGUACGGUGGCAAGCAGGUGGACAGGCCAGGUUUUUUCAUGGAGCCCACUGUGUUCACUGGUGUGGAGGACCACAUGUUCAUCGCCAAAGAGGAGUCCUUCGGCCCCAUCAUGGUGGUGUCCAAAUUCAAAGAUGGCGAUGUGGACGGCGUGCUGCAGAGAGCCAACGACACAGAGUACGGCCUGGCUUCGGGCGUGUUCACCCGCGACAUCAACAAGGCCAUGUACGUGAGCGAGCGGCUGGACGCUGGAACGGUUUUCGUCAACACCUACAAUAAGACCGACGUGGCUUCACCUUUCGGAGGCUUUAAACAGUCCGGCUUCGGCAAAGACCUCGGGGAGGAUGCUCUCUUGGAAUACCUCAAGACCAAAGCAGUGACUGUGGAGUACUGAGGCACAGACUCUCCUAACAAACUCUGACCCACAUCUGAAAAGGAAGGGACUCGUCAGCCUGCUUCAGUCAGACAUCCAGCUUCAUUUAGCAUUGCUUCUGGACUGUGUGUGUGCGUGUGUGUGUGUGUGUGUGUGUGUGAGAGUGUGAGCGUGCAUACUAUGUGAAUGAGAGGAGAGCCACAGUUUGGACAACGCGCCUGUCUUUUCUUGGCUUUCUUUUUUCUUCAUGGACAAGGGACAUGGGUGGUUUAAGUGCGUCUGUAUAGCUACACAUAAAGCCCGAAGUUGGACGCCUGAUGGGAGCCGAGCUAGUUCUGACUGUUUUUCGAGGUUACGGUUUCAUAGAAGUGUGUUUUACGUUAAAACACCAUUUUCAACCUAAAACCUGUUUUCCCAUUCAAUAAUGUUAAUCAGAAAUCAUUUUAUAUCUCAUUCAUUUGUAAUGCUGCCGUCAUCAUUCCUUUAACAUCUCUUUGUUAACUCUUUGACAGCUUUUGGGCCGUACAUAAGCAAACACACAAAGCUCUUAGUUUAUGGAUGACUGGUGUGCACAUGAAUGUGAAUGCUGAAGCUUGUGUUCAGAUGCUUUUUGGGUCGGAGUAACCAGUGUCCUGUCUGACAGGACUAAACUGGAGCGCUGCAUCGGGUUAGCAAAUAUAAGUAUUGUGUCAUUGAUAUGAUGGGAAAACAGGAUUCAGGUUUAAAAAGCUUGAAUCAUUAAUCCACAUAAAAGCAGUUUAAGAAAAUAAUCCAUUUACCAGGUUGUUUUCAAAGCUUAGUGUUUUUCAUCAGCGGAUUUAGGCGGAGUUUAAGAGUAACUUAACACAGUCACAUACUGGGUGAGGUCAGAAGUGUGCACCUGCACCCUACAGUGAUGUCACAGCGUACUGACACACCCUGCAGUGCACUUCUACAUCACUGCAGCACGGGGGAGACGUUAAACCUUAUGAAAUGAGCAACAACAAGAUUUUCAGGGGGUGUUACUGUCUAAUGAUAUUUUGUUAGACUUCUAUUUCCAAGGUAAAAGAUUUCACUUUCACACUCGCAUUAAAAGCUAACUGAUAGCAGGGAAAGAAGGGAUUUUUGACACAGUUUUAUUCUUAUUAAAGUAUUAAUGAGUCUUAUUGAGAACUUAAAGUCUUAAUAAGAACUGACUUCACAGCCAAAUGCAAGUUUAUAAAAAACGCACUUUUAGAAUGAUUUCCUUCUUGUUGGGUAGAUUUUAGUUUGUGCACUAUACAAAUCACAAACUUGGUUCCAACAGGUAAAACAUUACAGUUAACAUGAGGUCACUGUUAUAUUUUUACAAUUAGCAAUUGGCACACAACUGUGACAACCAGUGUUGUCUUUAUUGAGCUGCUUCACACUAUCAAUAGUUACAUAUUUAAGAUAUGUCGUGAUGAAAUCAUGUUUAAAAGAAAAACAUUUGUUGUAAAAAGAGUUUGUUUCUUGCAUUAAAAUGGUUGUUUGGCAGACGGCAUCUGUCAAUGCUGCAACAAAGAGCAGCUUAGCAUUACCACAUGAUGACAAUGUAACGUUGACAAAAAAUAGCAACAUAAAUGGUUAACUGUGGUGGAUUAACUGGUGUUUUAAAUUCUGUUAUAAAUGCUUUGUCUUUAUUUCUAAUCUGAAUUUUGGCUCAGAAUUUAAGGUUUUUUUAUCAGUAAUUUAUUGUCACUAUGGCAGCCAUUUUUAUUCUAUCUCCACCAGACACACACACACACACACACACAGUUGUUUACAUCAUGUCCUUGCAGCUGUCUGUUCCCACAUUACUUUUAGACAUUCACUCUCUUCCUUUUGUUAAAUUUGACUUUUUUUGUAAAUAUUUUUUAACAAUAGAGGGAAAAUGACUAUUUGAUAUAUUUUUGUCGGACAGAGGAUGACUGUAUGUUACAAGCAACACAUGUUAUAAAGACACACCAGCUAGAUGUUUUUAUGCAUAAUGUGAAGAAGUUAUGAAGUUAGUUUUCUAUCUGUCCCAUAUUAUCAGUAAAGGCAGGAAGGGCUAAGAAGCAAGUGUUUUUAUCUCAACCUUUGUGAAAAAGAAAAAUUCAUCCCCAUCAAUAUGUCUUCAGACAGUGAUGUCAUACGAUGAUAAAUAAACUUUGAUUUGA